GCCCCCUCGUGGCGGGGCGGGAGGGAGGGCGGCGCUCCCGGUGCCGGUCCCGAUUCCGGUCCCGGUAGCCCCGGAGUCUCGCUCGGUUCCGCCGGCACCAUGAGCACCGAGACGCUGGUGAAGGACGUGAAACCGGGGCUGAAGAACCUCAACCUCAUCUUCAUCGUGCUGGAGACGGGCCGGGUGACGAAGACCAAGGACGGGCACGAGGUGCGGACGUGCAAAGUGGCCGACAAGACCGGCAGCAUCAACAUCUCGGUGUGGGACGAUGUGGGGAACCUCAUCCAGCCCGGGGACAUCAUCCGCCUCACCAAGGGCUACGCGUCCGUCUUCAAGGGCUGCCUGACCCUCUACACGGGGCGCGGGGGAGACCUGCAGAAGAUCGGCGAGUUCUGCAUGGUGUACUCCGAGGUGCCCAACUUCAGCGAGCCCAACCCCGAGUACGUGGCGCAGCAGAGCAAAGGGGCCCAGAACGAGAGCGCGAGUCCUGCUGCUUCCCAGACCACCCAGGGCCCCCCCGCGGCCCCCCCAGCCCCCGACAGCCAGAACGGGAACGGGCUGAGCCCGGGGGGCCCCGCGCACCCCCCCAGCGCCCCCGCGCACCCCCCGAGCGGCCGCAUCACCCGCAGCCAGCCCGGGCACCCCGGCCCCGCCUCCGGGCCCGUCAGCAACGGCAAAGAGACGCGGAGGAGCAGCAAGAGAUAACGGGGACCCCCGCCCGGACCCUCCUCCCUCCAGCCCCGGCACGGCCGGGAACGGCGGGGGGGACCCCCAGCCCCCAGCCCUGCGCA